UUGUUCCUGUACUUUAAACUUGCACACCACACAUACAAUCCACAAUGAAUGAGUAUAUGUUCAGCGUUGAAAUGUCCUGCUCCGGCUGCUCCAAUGCCGUUAAUCGUGCACUGUUACGCCUCGAAGGCGUCGAGGAAGAAAACAUUGAUAUCAAUCUUGAUAAGCAAACCGUGUAUGUCAAGACCGACUUACCGCGCGAAAAGGUGCUAGAAACGAUUAAAAAGACGGGCAAGACUGUCAAGGAUGAAUAAAUAUAUGAUAAGGCCCGCCGAAGCAUUACUUUCAAACACAUUCGAUCCUUGGUCUUGUUUUUUUUGUAUACCUUGUAAACCACAAGAAAAAUAU